AUGAACGGUACAGAGGGACCGGCAUUCUACGUGCCUAUGUCCAAUGCCACCGGGGUGGUCAGGAGCCCAUAUGACUACCCACAGUACUACCUGGUGGCGCCCUGGGCAUAUGGCUGCCUGGCGGCCUACAUGUUCUUCCUCAUCCUCACCGGCUUCCCUGUCAACUUCCUCACGCUGUACGUCACCAUCGAGCACAAGAAGCUGCGCACACCCCUCAACUACAUCCUGCUGAACCUGGCCAUUGCUGACCUCUUCAUGGUGUUCGGCGGCUUCACCACCACCAUGUACACCUCCUUGCACGGCUACUUCGUGUUUGGCCGCCUGGGCUGCAACCUGGAGGGCUUCUUUGCCACCCUGGGUGGUGAGAUGGGGCUGUGGUCACUUGUGGUACUGGCCAUCGAGCGCUGGAUGGUGGUCUGCAAGCCGGUCAGCAACUUCCGCUUCGGGGAGAACCACGCCAUCAUGGGGGUGGCCUUCACCUGGGUCAUGGCCUGCUCCUGCGCUGUGCCGCCACUGGUGGGCUGGUCUCGCUACAUCCCUGAAGGCAUGCAGUGCUCCUGCGGCGUCGACUACUACACCCGCGCCCCCGGUGUCAACAAUGAGUCCUUUGUCAUCUACAUGUUCAUCGUGCACUUCUUUAUCCCACUGAUAGUCAUCUUCUUCUGCUAUGGCCGGCUGGUGUGCACCGUGAAGGAGGCGGCAGCGCAGCAGCAGGAGUCCGAGACCACACAGCGGGCCGAGCGCGAGGUCACCCGCAUGGUCAUCAUCAUGGUCAUCGCCUUCCUCAUCUGCUGGGUGCCCUAUGCCGGCGUGGCCUGGUACAUCUUCACCCACCAGGGCAGCGAGUUCGGGCCUGUCUUCAUGACCCUGCCCGCCUUCUUUGCCAAGACGGCUGCGGUCUACAACCCCUGCAUCUACAUCUGCAUGAACAAGCAGUUCCGCCACUGCAUGAUCACGACCCUGUGCUGCGGCAAGAACCCCUUCGAGGAGGAAGAGGGCGCCUCCACCACCGCCUCCAAGACCGAGGCUUCGUCCGUGUCUUCCAGCUCCGUGUCUCCGGCGUAA